GGAGUUUCGAACGCGGAAGGGAGAGAGCGGAGGCCGCGGCGGGGUCCGUGGGCCCAGUCCCGUCUGCUUGUCCGGCACCGAUGCUGAACAUUUCCUUGUCUCUCAGCCAUGUGAAGAUGUAAAUAUUUGUGAAAUAAGCUGUUGGAUAAUUGUUCUGCCAAAGCCAUGUCUUCUCAAGAAUUUACUGUAUUAUACACUCACCAAAAACUGAAAAAAUCAAAAACGUGGCAAGAUGGAAUUCUGAAGAUCAGAAAUGGCAGUAAUAAGGCUGUCUUGUUUGAUGAUAAAGGACAAUGUUUGGAGAGUAUUUUCAUAAAAUCACAGGUGAAUGCUGGAGACUGUUUAGAAAGUGAACGCUAUUUGAUCACAGUUGAAGCAGUAAAAGUGAAUGAAAAAUCUUUUGAAGACCAGCCAAGGGAAGCAGAAACUCCAACAGUGGAUAGGAAUGGUGUAAAACCCGGUGUCCCACCUCCAAGGCAUCUGUCUGUUGGCUUGAAAAUGAUAUCUACGAAUUUCCGAGGGCCACGUCAAGUUGAAAAGAUAACAUCAACAAUGGAAGAGGGAGAAAAACCAACAAUGUUGCCUUUAUCCAAGCAGAGUGAGGGGGCUUUUCCAUCAAAGCUUUAUGGUACCUCUCCAUUAUUUUCUACGAUUUGCCAGAAGGAUGCAAAAACAAGUUGGUCUGCAGACUUUCAUGAAGAUAAAUGUACAGAGAAUAACAGCAAACGCAUGUCUCCCCCCUCACUACUUUCAGCUCCAUUUCUUGACAGAUGUGAGGAGACAGAGAAGCAAAACCCUGAUCAGUCAGCCAUUAUGAGGCCUGAAUCUCCUCUAAUUUCUAGGCACACCAAAUCUAGUAGUUGGAGAGGUGCUCAUGAGGCAAUGUCACACAGCAUCAGGAGCACAGCACAGAUUCUGGCUCUUUUGAAGUCUAAACCAGCCCAAGGAUACAGACAGCAAACAUCUCAAGGCACAGAAUGUCUUUCUAGGUUUCAGGCAUCGGAAAACACAGAUAGCGUAUACAGAAGAAAAACCACAAUCCUAUCUACAUUUUCAGGCAAGCCUGCCAAAAGACUCAUGGAAAAUAUUCAGCAUCUGCCUUGUACGAAGGGACCCGCAUAUGAUAACAAGGAAUGUAAUGCUGACAUGCUUCUAAAUUUAGCUGGACAACCUUGUGAUAAAGAUGUCACAGGACAGAGACUUGACAAAAAGACAAAUAAUUUAAGUCAAGAUUUACAAGAUUCCUGCAGUACCAGUAGUUGUUUCCUACCUGAAUCCACCAUGAGUAGAGUGAGUGACAGUCAGUUUGUUUCAUCCUCAGGUGACAUUCUGUAUUCAGCACAUCCAAUCACCUUGGAAAAAAAUCUCUCCAGAUACAAGGAGCAUUUAGGAAGUAACAAUCUUGAGGAAAAUUCAUCUAUGAAGUUGCAAAGUGUGUUUCAGCCAAAACAAGCUUCAGAAAGAAGUUUGGAGCUCUCUGCAGACCUAAUAUUGACUGGAACUGGAACUGUAAAGGAGGAAUUAAGUAUGCACAGCGAAGACUGUCCAGAUGAACAGGUGAUGGAAGUUAACUUUAAUCUACUGGAGGCUUUUGAUUUUAAUGACACAGACAAUGAAGACCUGUGUGAAAGAGCUCAGAAUAAGCUCACUGCAGGAGACAACCUUUCACAAAGUCCUAGCUGCUUAAGGGGAGGAGAUGGAGCACAAAAUGCUGCACUGAGACUUCAUUCUUGCUGUGAAGUAGUGGCACACAGUAAAAACGAAGAACUCAAAUGUUUAGCACUUAACAGACAGAAUGAUGGAAGUCACUACACUGGGAGUAUAACAUCUCAGCUUUGUGACAGCGAUGUCAUAGACACAGGUAGAAUUGCAGAAGACUCUGAAAACCAAACCAGAAUUGCAGUGGAACUUUUGGGUGAUGGCCAUGACAUAAAAGAGAUUAAUGAAAGGGAAGUAAGUAUUGAAGCCACAAUUGACAAGAAGGAUCCUGAUGGCUGUGCAGUGCAUACCAUUAAUGGCACGUCAUGGAUGAAAAGCAAGCAGCCUGAUCUUUCACUUGGUGACACAAAUAUUAAUGAAUGUCACCCUAAAACCAGUAUGUUUGAAAAAGCUGAAAGUAUUUCAUGUAUUUCUACCAGCAGAAUAAUUUCUGCAAUGGACAAAAAUACUGAAAAAGAUGUUAUACAGCUUGGAUGUGUGAAAUGCCCAGAUGUUGAUCUAGAACACUUCUGUGGUACUGAGAGUGAUGACAUUAAAGCAGACAGUCCUUUGCUGGCUUUGCCACAAAAACCAGAUCCUAGUUGUGCCUCAUUUCAAUACAUUGCAGAAAACCCUCAAAAGGUAUUUGUCAUUCCACAUAAGGAGGAUAGUCUCCUUUCCAGAAGUUCUACCUGCCCUUUAGAAAAAAGCCAUUCAUUUCCAGAGGAAACAGCAAUAUCUGAAACUGAGUUUGAAAAUGCAGAGAGCAUAAAUGCUUUUCAUGAAGCUUGCAAAGGUGAACAGUUAGGAAUGGAUUGCAGGAAAUGCCCAGCAAUGGCUGACAAUUCAUCAUUUCUUCAUUUGGUGGACAACGUCGCUUUUCUAGGAGCUUUAACUCAACAUAGCACAGCACUAGAAAGCUUAGAAAAGAUGGAGGGAAGUAAUAGCAUGUUAUAUGAAGCGGAGACUUCUGAAGAGAUAUCUGAAACCCUUGUGAAAGAUGAAGCUAUAAAACAGUUUACAGAAAUGCCUUACUCAGAAAGUAUAAAGGCAUCUUCACACUUUGAUUCUUCUGGCCUUAUGCCCAACCAUGUGCUCAAUUUAUUACAGAAAAAAGCAUCUAUUCUACCAACAUCUUUCUACCAAAGACCCGAGACACCUGACUGCCAGCCAAAGGCUGUUGUGUUUCAAGGGCACCAAGUAAGGGGAUCAGCAGCUAGUGAGAUAACGUCAAGAGCUCCCUGCUCACAGCUGGGAGGGCAACACUACACAGGUAAUAUGGAGUUUGCAGCUGAGAGAUUCUUGUCACCCCUGUUUUCAAGCAAUGAUGUCCUUUCUGACUUCAGACAGUCUCCAGAUUCAGGAAGUCUCCAUGGGAAUACCAGUUUUAUUGGGAAAGAGAAUUUUCAGAAGAAGCCUGACAUUACUGAAGAGUCAAACCCAGAUCAGUCCUCAUUGGCACUGAACAUGUGUUCUGAAUUUCCACCAUGGACAGUGUCAGGCUCACCAUCACUUUCUGACUUGAGACAAACACAGUGGACUUCAUGGAAACCCAGUAAGAUAAUUUCAUCAGCACAAAUGACUUCCUCACUUGAUCCAGACCUCACAGUUUCUCCAGCUUCAGGAAGUGAGGAAUCCAUUGGAGGCAUCCAGGAGCCCCUGAAACAGAGGAUCUUGCCAAAUGGACUGGAACUUUCAGAUUUUAUUUUCACACAGGAGAAAUCCAGCCAUCCAGAGGACUGCAACCUCUCAAGAGUCAAACCCCCAGUUAAAAGACAAACUCCAUUUGUCACUCUUCCUGCCACUGAGAAGGUUCCUGACACAGUUUAUUCAACUGACAGUGAGGAGGCCCAGCAACCUUUUGGCUCUUCGGUAGUCAAUUUAUGCAACAAGUCAGAGGUAUUUCCUAUCAGUGCUUUUGGCCCCAAGGACAGAAAUUAUGAAACCUCUGUGUUUGGAGAGUAUAAGGAAAAGAGACAAAGGGAAUCUGUUCAACCAGUGUUCCCUAAUGUCACUUCACAAUAUAGAAAAAGCAAGUGGCUAAAAUAUCAAAAAAGUGCUCAGUGUGACUUGAUAACUGUAAACAGCAAUGGUAGGGAAGUGACUGAUGACAUAUGUGCUGAAAACCUCCUUGGAAUUCUGGUGGGUGACACAGGAGAGUGCAGCACUGUGAAUAAAAGCACUCCCUAUUCUGCAGCUCUACUGACAGCAAAGAGCACCCUUGGUAAAUGCUCUGCAAAUACCAACCACCAAGAUUUGAUUUCAGAGAGGAAGUUACUUUCUCCACACUUCUGUCAGACACCUUUGUCUGAAGCAACACAAAAGGUGUUAAGUCAUCUGAGCUGCCACACUGCAACAGGAUCCAGCCAGGAUAUUUCAAUUUGUGAGUUGUCUUUUCCUCAUGUGGAUAAAGUAAAACAUGCAAACCUUCCUAAAAGGAAGACUUUCAUACCAGCCACGUUUCAGUCUCAUGUUCAGUACAAACAGAUUUUUAAAGCUGCUCUGAUAGAACAAUUGAACAUAAUGCUAUUUGAGUUGUCCCAAAGAUUCCACAAAGCCCUUUCAAAAGUGGAUAUAUCAUUCUACAUUUCAUUGAAAGAUAAGCAAACUGAGAGCAAGGAAAGCUGUGUUCCACUGUGCCAUCACAUGCAUCCUGCUAAGCUUGUUAUGGCUAAAAAAGGUCAAAACAAGGGUCGUUUAUUCUAUACCUGUGAUGCUCCCAAAGCUGAGCAGUGUUCAUUUUUCAAGUGGAUAGAAGACAUGAACCCCACACAGACAAAAUCCAGACCUAGCGUAGUACUUCAUGAUAUAAAAAGUAUUGGGACAUACCUCCGAAGUCAAAAGAUUUCUCUCUAUGAGGAAUGCCAGCUUUCAGUGAGGGAAGGCUUUGAAAUUCAAACACAGUCGUGUAGGAAGUUCAAGAAACUGAUGGAUAAACCUGCCAGAUUUGAUGAUGAUUCCAAAACCAAAUUAUACCUCAAACUAAGCAGAAAGGAGCAUUAUUCUCUCUACAGCAAAGAUGAUAUUUGGGUUGUUUCCAAGACUCUCAACUUUGAUCCCCUUGAUACUUUCAUUGCAACUAGUACUUUCUUUGGACCAUCCUCCACCAAUGAAAUAGAAUUGCUACCACUGACAGGCUACUGUCCUUCAGACUGGAGAUCAGAUAUGUUUGUUCAUGCCCUGCUGGUUUGCAAUGCUAGUGGUGAGCUUGCAUCUUUAAGAAAUAUAGAGGAGCACUUCAAUCCAUCUACAUUACCGCUAAUACCAUAUCUACUAAAAAUGAAUUUUGAUUUUGAAACUGAUACUGAUAGAGUCAAGAAAAGCAAAUUUACUCCACCUGCCCUCAGCCUGAAACGCACAACAAUGGACAGACCGGUCAGCACUGAAGUGGCAAUGGGAUUAGCUAAAAAGAUUAUCCAAACAUUCUCAUUGAACCCAGAUCAAGCUACAUCACUGCUUCACAUAGCUCAGAUGAUGACCUCCUGUGAAAACACCAAUCCAGUGCAAGAACGUCAGAUCUUCCCUAUCACAAUCAUACAUGGUGGUUUUGGAGCUGGGAAGAGCUAUCUGCUGUCUGUUGUGAUCUUGUUCCUAGUACAGCUCUUUGAAAGCAGUAAAGCUAUGGAGGGUUCAAGGCCAGCUCCAUGGAAAGUUCUGAUUGCUUCUUCUACCAACACUGCUGUUGACAGGGUACUCCUGUGUCUACUCGAUCUUGGAUUUGAGGAUUUUAUCAGAGUGGGAAGCAUCAGAAAAAUCACUAAAGCAAUUCUACCCCACAGUUUACAUGCUGGCUCAAUCAACGAAAAUGAUCAGCUAAAAGAACUCCUUACUCUAAUGAAAGAAGAUUUAACUCCAGCUGAAAAAAUAUAUGUAAGGAAGAGUAUUGAGCAACACAAACUGGGGACCAAUAAAACCAUACUGCAACAGGUGAAAGUGGUUGGAGUGACCUGUGCUGCCUGCCUGUUCCCUUGUCUGAAUUCUCUUCAGUUUCCUGUUGUGAUUCUAGAUGAGUGCAGUCAGAUGACUGAACCUGCUUCUCUCCUUCCUAUUGCAAGGUUUCAAUGUGAAAAGCUAGUCAUUGUUGGAGACCCUAAGCAGUUGCCACCAACUAUUCAGGGAUCUGAGAGUGUUCAUGAGAAGGGACUGGAGCAGACUCUCUUUGACCGGCUUUGUCUAAUGGGACAUAAAGCAAUAGUUCUUCGCACACAGUACCGAUGCCACCCUGCCAUCAGUGCCAUAGCCAAUGACCUGUUCUAUGAUGGAAAUCUGAUAGACGGCAUUUCUGAGGAAGAUCGGAGUCCUUUACUGGACUGGCUCCCAACACUGUGCUUUUAUAAUGUUAAUGGGGUAGAGCAAAUUGAAAGAGACAACAGCUUUUAUAACAUGCCAGAAGCUCAUUUCACAGUCAAGCUUACCCAGGCUCUGAUUGGCAGUGGAAUAGAAGGAUCUGCAGUCGGUGUGAUUACUCUUUAUAAGUCACAGAUGCGUAAGAUUCAGAACUUGCUCUGUGGAGUACAUACCAAGCUUUCCAAAAUUAAAGCUGUCAAGGUGUCCACUGUAGAUGCAUUCCAAGGAUCUGAGAAGGAGAUCAUUGUUUUGUCUUGUGUAAGAACAAGGCAGAUGGGGUUCAUAGACUCGGAAAAGCGAAUGAACGUUGCGCUGACAAGAGCAAGGAGACAUCUGUUGAUCAUUGGGAAUCUGUCCUGCUUAAGUAGGAACAGACUGUGGGGAAGAGUAAUUCAUCACUGCAAAGAAUGGGAAAAUGGAUUGCAGCAUGUAAGCCAGUGUGAGCAGUGGCUAAAUGACAUUCUUAAGUCUUACUGGGAGGAUCAGAAGGAAGAGAAGCAGAGUAAGAAGGAAGAAUAAAAGGUGAACCUGUUUGAUGAAGAAAAGAUGAACUGCGUGACUAUAAAAAUGAUCAGAAUGAUUGCACACCUAAUAUUUAUAUUUAAUUGGGGAAACUUUUGUUUGGUUCUCACUGUUCUCAUACUUCUGGUUUGAGCCCCUUUCUAUGUCUAAAAAUUAAUAA